AUGCUAACACAACAAACUCAUAACACGGUGGAGCUGAACAAUGGCAUUGUCAGAGUCACUUUUUCUUAUCCUGGAGGAGAUGUCACUGGAAUUCAAUACAAGGGAAUUGACAACUUGCUCGAAAUCAAAAACCCCCCAAGCAAUAGAGGUUACUGGGAUCUUGUCUCGAAAAAUGGCUUGGACAGACUACAAGGAACAACAUUUAAGAUUGUUACAUCGACAGCAGACCAAAUAGAGAUUUCUUUUAAUAAAACUUAUGAUAUUUCCCUCGGUGAUUCGACGCUACCCUUAAAUGUUGACAAAAGAUACAUAAUGCAGCGUGGCCGCGCUGGGUUCUAUGCAUAUGCCAUAUAUGAGCGUCUAGAAGGGUGGCCGGAAUUGCACCUAGGUCAAACAAGACUGGUUUUGAAACUUCGAGAAGAUAAAUUUCAAUUCAUGGCUGUAUCAGACGACAGACGAAGAUUCAUGCCAACAGCCAAAGAUCGCGAUGGAGACCACGCUCAGGCCCUUGCCUAUCGCGAAGCUGUUCUUUUAACUAAUCCAAGCAAUCCCGAGUUUAAAGGAGAGGUGGAUGACAAAUACCAAUACUCCAAUGACAUCAAAGACAUCAAGGUUCACGGUUGGAUUAGCACUGACGAUGCUAUAGGUCUUUGGAUGAUCACACCUAGUACUGAGUUUCGUUCAGCAGGGCCGUUCAAGCAGGAGCUUACCUCUCAUGUGGGACCAACUUCCCUCACUGUGUUUCUUAGUAGUCACUACGUCGGGAGAGGUUUUGGACUGACCUGCGCAGAAGGUGAGGCUUGGAAGAAGGUUUUUGGUCCUGUCUUUGUGUAUCUUAACUCGGACAUUCCAAGCUCGAAUGCAUCCUUCUCUCUCUGGGAAAAUGCAAAGGAACAGAUGUAUGAAGAAGUAAAGAGUUGGCCGUACAAUUUCACUCAGUCCGAAGACUUUCCUAGCUCCGAUGAACGUGGAUCAGUUGCUGGUCAGUUACUAAUACGGGAUUCGUACAUCCCCGAGGGCCUAGAUUCAGCAAGUUAUGCUUAUGUGGGAUUGGCUGCACGCGGAUACGCGGGAUCAUGGCAAAUGGAAUGCAAGGGUUAUCAGUUCUGGACUCAAGCUGACAAGCAAGGUUAUUUCUACAUAAAAGAUGUUCGACCGGGGAACUAUAGUUUGUAUGCAACUGUUCCCGGCUUCAUUGGGGACUACAAGUACGAGUAUGAUAUUACAAUUGAACCAGCAAGUGAAAUUAACUUAGCUAAUAUUACCUUCGAACCUCCGAGAAAUGGUCCAACCUUGUGGGAGAUUGGCAUCCCGGAUCGGUCAGCCGCAGAGUUCAACAUACCGGAUCCAUAUCCAACCCUUGUGAACCGUUUCUUCACUGACAAUUACGCAAACAAGUUUAGGCAAUAUGGCUUGUGGGAACGAUACGGAGAUUACUACCCUGACCAUGAUCUCAUCUACACCGUCGGCACAGACAAUUACAAUGAUGAUUGGUUUUACGCUCAUGUGACAAGAAACAGAAACGGUACAUACGAGGCGACGACAUGGCAAAUUGUAUUUCAACUUGAAGACGUUUGGACCGGUGAUUAUACGCUCCAAUUGGCAUUGGCUUCGGCAACCUAUGCUGAACUGGAGGUUCGAUUCAACAACCAGAACGACACACCUCAUUUUUCGACAGGGCUAAUAGGGAAGGACAAUGCCAUAGCAAGGCAUGGAAUUCAUGGUUUGUACUGGCUUUUCAGUGUUGAUGUGCCGAGCUAUCGACUACAAGAAGGAUACAACACCAUAUACCUUACUCAAUCAAGAAACUGGGGACCUUUCGCCGGAGUUAUGUACGACUACAUCCGACUGGAAGGACCUCCACCAGAGUGA